UGAUGCAUGCCUUUUACAUUCAAUUUCUCGGUUUUUUCUUCAAUGAUUUAAAAUUAUCCUGAAAAUGAACGAUUGUUAUUAUAAUAAAAUAUCUAAACGGUUGUGAAAAUCAACCUAAUUGUUAAAACACCCGUAAAAUUGACGUGUACUGUUGAAUCUUCUUAAAGAUUGAAUCUCAAUUGCCAUCACCAUACUCUUUGCUCUGUGAUCUAAGCCGAGGUGCGCUAACAGCUCUUUUGCAAUUCACAACUUGACUCUCCUCGCAUUCGAUUGCUCUCUUGCAGUCAGUUUGUUGCAGCCACCUUCUUUCUGCUUCAAUCACCUCUAGUUUUCAUAUAAAAAAAUCCAACAGCAAGACAUACACUAAGAAGAAGAACAAAUGAAAAGAAACAUCCAUUGCGAAAGAAUAUGAACAACAACUAGAUUCAUGCAUAACCAACAGAGAUAAGACGUUUAUAAAACCAGUACCAGAAGCAAACGGUGAAAAUAGGAACUAGAGAAGAAGAUAAAUUAGUCUGCUGACAGAAGCAUGGAGUUUCUUUCUGCAUUUGUUCCUGGGAUUGUCGGAAAAUUGUUCGAGUUAACAGUUCAACCAGUUGUACGGCAAGCGGGCUAUAUAUUUCACCACAAAAGAAACCUUAAAAAUCUGGAGAGUCAGUUGGAAAACCUAGGCACUUCCAGAAACCAGGUGCAGCAUACAGUCAAUGAAGUUAAAAGGAAGGGUAGGAAUGUGGAUAUUGACGUCGAGAAGUGGCUGACAAGAGUGGACGAAAUUACUGCAGAGGCAAAAGAAUUGUUGAAAGAUGAACAAGCAGCGAAGGCAAGGUGUCUCCAUGGAUGGUGCCCUAAUCUGUUUCUCCGUUAUCAGCUAUGCAAGAAAACGAAAAAAAUGGUGCAGGGGGUUCUCCAACUCCAUGCAAAUAAAGAAUUUCCGAGAUUUUCUUUCAAGGCUCCCCCUCAGGAGAUAUGGAGCAUACCCACCGAAGAGUACGAGGCCUUUGAAUCAAGGGCCGCUACUGUGAAGAAAAUCAUGGAGGAACUGAGGAAUCCUAAUACCAACAUGAUUGGGGUGUAUGGGAUUGGUGGCGUGGGGAAGACCACACUCAUCAAAGAAGUUUUCAGGCAGGCUACUAAAGAGGAGUUAUUUGAUGAUGUGGUUCUUGUACUAGAUGUCAAACAGAAUCCAGACCUGGAAAGAAUUCAGAAGGAAAUUGCCGAGAAGCUUGGUCUUGAUGUUCUUGAAAAUCAGACCAUAGCUGGAAGAGCGCGGAUUCUAUGCGACAGGUUAAGAGACACGGAGAUUCUUGUGAUUUUAGAUGAUGUCUGGGAAAGAAUUGAUUUGGAGGCUUUGGGACUUCCCCGGAGGGUAUGCAAAAUAUUGUUGACAUGUAGAAGUCGAGAAAUACUAUCCUCUGAGAUGCGUACGCAAAAGGAGUUCGGGCUUCAUGUUUUAGGCGAAGAAGAAACUUGGAGCUUAUUUGAAAAGAUGGCAGGUGAUGCUGUUAAAGAUCCCGCUAUAAGAACUGUGGCAACUGAAGUUGCCCAAAAAUGUGGAGGUUUGCCAGUUUUAGUUGUCACAGUUGCAAGCGCUUUGAGAAAUAGGAGGACUUUACAUGCAUGGAAAGAUGCCUUAAGACGCUUAAAAAGGUUUGGCAAAGAAGAAUUGACAGAAAAAGUAUACUCGGCUCUAGGGUGGAGUUACGAUCAAUUGGGUUAUGAGGAGCUUAAGCCUUUGUUCUUACUCUGUGGAAUUACUGGGAGAAACUAUAUUUUUCUUGGAGACUUGCUGAAAUAUUGUAUUGGUUUUGGGUUGUUCAAGAACAUCAACACGGUGGAAGAAGCACGAAAUGCAUUGCAUUCACUGGUGGAAAAGCUUAAGGAUGCUUGUCUGUUGUUAGACGGUUAUGAUAAUACAUCUGUCAGAAUGCAUGACCUUGUACGUGAUGUUGCUAUCUCGAUUGCAUUUAGAGAUAAACACAUCUUAUCAGCAGCUUAUGGAGAUGAGUUGAAAGAAUGGCCAGAUGAGGGUUUCUUAAAAAAUUGCAGUAUGAUCUCUUUCCCUUGUUGCAAUAUCCCUACACUUCCUGAAGCUCUGAAAUGUGGAGAACUAAAAAUGUUCUUUUUGUGGAGUAAUGAUGACUCGUUUGAAAUCCCGGAGAGAUUUUUUGAAGAGGUGAAAGAACUUAAGGUGUUGGAUUUAACCAAUCUGCGGAUUCCGUCGCUACCUCCAUCUCUUCAGUUCCUAACAAGUCUUCAAACAUUAUGUUUAGAUCUAUGCGUGCUGGGAGACAUAGCUCUACUCGGACAGUUAAGGAACUUAGAGAUUCUUAGCCUUUUGGAAUCUCAAGUUAAACAGCUGCCAAAAGAAAUAGGGCAGUUGAGUCGUCUACGAUUGCUAGACUUGAGCGGUUGCUCUGAAAUUGAAGUGAUUUCACCCGGAGUUAUAUCUAGCUUGGAAAGACUAGAAGACUUGAGAAUGGGAAACAGCUUUAACCAAUGGGAGGAGGAAGGAGUCAAUGUUGAAAGAAGUAAUGCUAGCCUUUCGGAGCUGAAGCACUUGUCUCGGCUAAGCUCAUUAGACAUACACAUUCCAGAUGCUAACAUUCUUCCGGAAAACUUGUUCUCCGACAAGCUGGAAAGAUACCACAUAUUGGUCGGUGAUGCAUGGAAAUGGCAUGGCGUGGACGAAACCUUUAACACUCUAAAACUCAAGCUCACUGCCAGCAAUCAGUUGGACGGAGGUUUGAAAAUGCUACUCAAGAGAUCUGAAGAUUUGUACUUCGACGUGUUGGAGGGUGUUAAUAAUAUUGUCUAUCAUUUAGACAGUGAGGGUUUAUUUCAGCAACUGAAACAUCUCCACGUUCAAAACAAUGCUGAAACUACAUAUAUUAUUAACUCGGUCAACUGGAGUUAUGCUCAUAAUGCUUUCCCCAUCUUGGAGUCGCUUUUUCUUGACAACCUUGUUAGUCUGGAGAGUGUUUGUUAUGGCCAACUCACAGCGGAGAGUUUCCGACAGUUAAGAAUCAUAAAAGUGGAAAGUUGUCACAAGCUGAGGAAUCUCUUCUCAUUUUCAGUCGCAAGAUGCUUUUUGCAACUUCAAGAGAUCGAAGUGGAGAACUGCGAAACCAUGAGAGAGAUUGUUGCGGAAGAAAGGGAAGAUAAUUUCAGUGAUGAAGCAGUUGACCCCCUUGUGUUCUUUCAGUUACGAUCUUUGACAUUUCAGUGUCUACCCAAUCUUAUUGGUUUCUCCUCCAAAGGCAGCAAGCCUGUUGUUACUGCAGGGUUGGAUGAACAAUUAACAAAUGGAGAGUUCAACAUAAUCAUUCUGGAGAAUGAGAUUGGAAGGCCCGUGCAACGGUUCAUGAAUGGUCAGGUUGCGUUCCCAAGCUUAACAAGCUUGAUCGUGGAUCAAUGCGAUGGUUUAAGAUUCAUGUUUUCAUCUUCCAUGGCUAGAAGUCUAGAGCAACUCAAAUAUCUUCAGAUAUCUCGGUGUCAUCUCAUGGAAGAGAUAGUAUCAACACAUGAACCCGGUGAAGAAAAUGCAGAUAACAUGUUUUGUAAGUUGGAACAUCUGCACCUAGAAGAUCUUCCAAACCUCGCCAGAUUUUGUGCAGGAAGUUACAUUGAAUUUCCGUCCUUGGAGAGAUUAGACCUACGGUACUGUCCGAAAUUGGGGGCAUUCAUCUCCAAUAAUAUGAGUAAGGAGAUCACAAACUCUAAAGAAAUUGAAGGGAAAGGCUCAAAGGAUAAUUUCCAAACUGAUAAACCUUCAUUUUUGACGAAAGGUCGGAUAAUCUAGCUUUGACAGAUCGUCCGUCUUUCGGCCUAACCAAGUUUCUCUGACAAUACGCAUUAUUCAGACGAGGGUGAAACUGAUAGACAUGCGUGACUUGUUAUCUGGUGUAUAGAUAUAUCUGCAGUAUAUUAGGAGCGUAAAUCUUGUGUAAACAUCGAUGAUAUUAUGUAAGCGUUCUUAUGUGUGUAUUAUUUAUUAACGUUUCUUGCGCUCCAAGACGUUUAUAUUUCCUUGUAAACAGGUUUAAUGUAGGAAACGUCUUGUAUAAACAUUGUAAUAACAGUCACUGUGACAGCUGAA